UGUUGGUCUUUAACCCGUUUUGACGCGCGUGCACGCAUCACCUCGCGCUGCAAGUGACUGUGUCCGGCCAUGCGUGUCGGGGAGGGUGCACGAACCGCCAGGUGGCCUUUGAAGUUGACUUGGCCUGUUUUCUUGAAAAGAGUGGCUGGAGUACUGGCUAAACUCCACCAAACACUUACCUGCUUUCACCCAAGUCGGCAUCUGAUUCUGGAGACGUGGACGUGGCAGACUUGACCCCCUGUUGUUGGUUUUGUGGCGGUGUAAACAACAACAGCACGUGCGCUGACUGACUCUUGGGUUACCUGUUGUUACCUGCCGACUCCUGUCCCUGAGUGGGAAGUUUUAUUUUAGACAGACUUGUGAGUCGUUACCUGUUUUCACCUGUCAACGUCUGGCGUUGUCAGGAAGAGUGACACUUUUUUUAGACAGACUGGUGAGUUGUUACCUGUCGACGGUUGGUUGCUACCUGUCGUCGCCUGCAAGUGGUCGUGUUAUAAACACACGAUGUGGACCGGUCGAAUCUGUUACAUCCUUGCGUUGCUAUCGACCGCCAUCCCUGGCGCCGGCAGCAUGGAGGAGGGGGCGGGGUUCGUACCUUUCUGGAACGUGUGCGGGGUCCGCAGGCUCUUCAACCGCCGCCUGUGCUGCGGGGAUGAGGACUGCAACCCCGGCUUCUGCUGCCAGAUGGAGGUGUCACACGCCAGUUUCUCUGUGGAGGGCCAUUGCGAGGCACGUGACACAAACACUCGUAAGUUCGCUUCCCACAGAGGAACAGAAAUUUCUUUUGCGAGUUUCCGCAAAGGUUUGUGCGUGCGGCGACGUCACUGCCUGUCGGACGCCCAGUGCAUGCCGGGAGAGUGUUGUCGCGUGGACUGGUACCACAACAAGCGGGGCGUGUGCAGCGGCUACGGCAAGGAGGGCGACUCCUGCUUCCUGGGGUUCUACCUGCACAAAGUCUUGCCUGUCACCUGUCCCUGUUCGCCUGGGUUACUGUGCAUGGCUUCACCGCGAGACAACAAAAAAGGUUUGUGCAGAGCCGCGAGGACGACGACCACCAACAGGUCGCCGUCGCCAUUCUACACAACAUUGAAGGCGACGUCAACAGCCGCCGCUACGUCAGCAACAACGACAUCACUGACGACGCCAGUCGUCGUCGGCGAGUGCACAAAGGACUCUCAGUGUCUGGACACGACCUUCUUCUGCUGCUUCAGAGCCGUGCAGUGUCGUCUGCGUCCUGCUGCAGGAGAUGACUGUGGGGUCGAUACCUGCCCUUGCCGAGAUUCAGUGUGUUCCAACCCUACAGGGGCAGGUCAGUGCCUUGAGUUGUCAUGAGAGUUUGCUGAUGAACCCAGUGUUGCCGACGAGCUUCGCGAUCUCGUACCAAGGUCCAGGCUGAUGCUCCCAGGUGUCAAUACUUCUUGUACAGGUGUUACCCCGCUAAGCCGUACUUUGUUCACGUGUGUAUUUGUUUCUUUAUUUGUUUUUGACCCGGAACUCAGUGUGGCUGGCUUCGUUAUCUGUCUGACCAGAUUCAUGUUACUUCAUCCCUGCAAUCUUCGGAUGAUGAGUCCAAAAAUGUUUAACCCGAGUCUUGCUGACUACACACCUGUUGAGUAUCAAUGUUUUACAAUCUGAAGACGUUUUUCAACGAACUGUUUACUGAUUGCUGUUUGAACUUGACUUCGUGCCGAAUGAAAGUCCAUUUUCUGCUGUCACACCUCAUGCCUUGUGUCCAGUCUAUGCCACACGUCUUCACGUGCAGUCGGCGCCAUCUUGCUGUCGGUUCCUCCCCAAUUUCCGUAACUUCAACACUUUGAGUUUGACUUUUACUUCCACAAUAUAGUCAAUGAUUGCAAAGUGAUUAACUUAAACACUUUUUGAACACGUGCUGCUCAUUAUUGUAAAAACUGUGGGUCACCCUGUGAACAAAGGGACGACACAAUUACUGCCCCGUUUAUUUAAUUACAAUAUGGCGGGAUGUUCCUGCCACUGAACUCCUUUUUAGUUUUGGUGUUAGUUACGAAAGAUCUCAUUCUGUUUUGUUCUGGAAGGCAUACGGAAAAUAAAACUUGUUUAUGAGA